AUGUUGCAUUAUGAUGCAACGCAAGAAGAGCUUGAAUACGUCGAGAAAUGGGGAUUAGUCAUUAGAUUAAGGACUAUCAAUACCUUGAUGCAAUGGAUGGAAAGAUGUUGGUGGGAUUUUCAGGGAAACGAGUCUAUGUUAAAGCAUGUAGAUGACUUCGUUGAAACUUUACUGGUUUCUGAUGCUGCGUUUCACAAUGCUGCCAAAGGUAUUGCCGAUUUAAAGAGUAAAAAGCUCGCAAGCGGUAAUAAUUCAGAAAAUUCAUCUGCAACCUGGUAUGGCCCAUCAACACAAUCGAAAUUAACCAAUAUAAAAGAUAUUAAAAAAAUAUGUAUAAUGCAAGUACCUGCGCAGCAAAUUGCAGAACAGCUAACUCUGAUAGAUUUGGAAAUAUUAAGAUCAAUCGGCCCAAAUGAAGUCUUAUGUCAUCUAUGGGGAUCGAAAUCAGUAUGUAGAGAUGAUAAAGACAAGGCUGAAAUUGCUGGCAAUUUGAAUGCCUAUAUCAAGCGAUGGAAUACAGUUUGUUAUUGGGUCGGAACUGAAAUUUGUCGCACUUUAGAUUGUCGAGGACGUGCUCAGGCUAUGGAGAAAUUUAUUGAAAUAGCAAAGCAUUGUAAAAUAAUUCGCAACUACAGUACAAUGGCUAGUAUAGUUGGAGGUCUUAACAUCCAUCCGAUAAGAUCAUUAAAGAAAUCCUGGGAGUGUGUCGGCCAUAAGUAUGUUAAAUUAUUGAAUGAAAUGGAAGAUUUUAUGAAGCCUGAUCGAAAUUAUAUCAGUUAUCGUAAAGUCUUGGCUGAUAUCCCAACCAGCUGUCCAUGCAUUCCAUUUUUUGGUGUUUUCAUCCAAGAUCUAACUUUUCUUAAUGACGGCAACCCUAAAGUUUUAGCUAAUGGAUUGUAUAACUUUACCAAGAUUAGAGAUAUCAGUAAUAAGAUUAACGAACUAGAGCGUUAUCAACGUUCUGCUUAUCGAAUAUCGCCGAAUCCUAAGAUAUUUUUUGGAUUAAAAAAUUUGUAA